AUUAACAGAAUAAUUUGGACCGCGUCCCCCCUCGGGGGUUAUGGUUUCGUCUUGACCAAAACAGGAAGUCAUAUCACUUUUAAGCUUUUUUUUUUUUAAAUUAACGUUAAAACGUUUAUUCUUUUUUUUCUUAUUUUUUUUAUUCAAAAAUAUAAUAAAUAACAAAAACAACAACAUAAUUAAAUAUAUUAAUAUAAAAAAAACUAUUCUUGCUCAAUUUCUAGUUGGAUGAUUCUUUUCCCAAAAGAGAUAAACAACUUAGACUUAUAAUCGUCGUUUUUUAAAAUAAACCCAAUUUAGAAAUAAUAAACUUAUAUUUUUAUUUUAUUUAUGUUUGUGUAAUUCAUCAAAAUGUUUUUAUUGCGAUUGUUUUCUCUCUAAAUAAUAUUGAUUAGUAAAAAAUUUGAACCGCGCCCCCCCUCGGGGGUUAUGGUUUCGUCUUAACCAAAACAGGAAGUUUUAGCACUUUAAAGCUGUAUGCUAGUUUGCUAGCAUGAAAGUUGAAGGCGAAAGUUGCUUUAUUUUUAAAGCGUUUUUAUUUUCAUCAUAGCUAUUGCUUGCAAACACAACAUUUUUGCUUUUUUUGUUGCGCUAGCCCAUAAAUGAGUUUUGUUGGCUUUUUUUUGCGGCACAUUUAACGUAACUAUGCGUGGAUUUAGACGAUUAGCCUGCUAGCUAGAGCUAGCAUUAGUCGGUAUUAGCAGCACUUUAAAGGUAAAUGGUGGAUUUUGGGGCUUUGGUUUCGUGAUUCCGACCUGUGGUAUGAACCACGAAAAAUGAAAUCAUGGAGGAGCGAAAAUUGAAGAGAAAGAGUCCCAGGAGCUCCACCAACACGGCGGCUCCGAGUGGAGGCUCUGGCCGAAGGAGCAACUCGUCCCCCGGUGGGAGACAUGUCGGCUACAGCCACAACACGGGGACACACUCCAGCCAAAAGACCAGGAGCAGGAGGGGAGGCAGAGAAAAACCCAAACAUCUGCAGGGGUCAGGGGUCAAACCGAACCAGAACCAGACGGCUCCUGUGGUCCAGCACUCUUUUCUGACGGACGUCUCGGAUGUUCAGGAGAUGGAGAACGGUCUGCUCAGCCUCCUCAACGACUUCCACUCAGGGAAACUCCAAGCAUUCGGAAACGAGUGCUCCAUUGGUCAGAUGGAGCAUGUGAGAGAGAUGCAGGAGAAGCUGGCACGGCUGCACUUUGACCUCUACGGCGAGGUGGAUGAAAUGCCCGAGGAUCAGAGGAAAACGGCCUCCGACACAAACAUGGACAAGCUACUAACGAAUCUUGAGGAGCUGAGUUCUUCCAUUCAGAAACUCAAUCUGGCGGACACUCAAGAAAUCCCAAAGACGCCCAGCAUGUGAAUGUUUGCUUCUUUUCUCAGCUUUUUGGAUGAUUUUUCUCUGAGUGAUUCCAGUUAGAGGAUGUCUUUCUCUGGACUGCUGCUGCUGCUGCUGCCUGUGCAGGUGAAUGUUUUAAGGUGGACUCGGACAUAGAUUCUAUCAAGCUGAAAUGCAGUGACAGGAAUUUAUCCUCCUCUAAUUAUUUUUAUUAAUAAUAAUCAGAUGUGAUGCAUAUUUUGCUGCUGGAGAGAGUUAAAGGUUCUACGGCAAGCCCGUGGGCUCAUUAUUCAGCAGAAUUCUGUCUCAGCCACCUUAAUCUCUUUGUUUUUUUUUUUCCUAAAAUGUCGAUUAACCAAAGUGAUCACCUAGACGUGUGUAGAUCCAAACCGUCUCAACACAACUUCAGUCCCUGUCUAGAUGACAAAAGUUAGCUGAAUUUAUAGCUAAUUUAAUAACUCAUAAUACAAUAAAUGCGUAUUAGCUUGACGCUAAAGACUGUUAGCUUGUAUUGUGUCUCCGUGCACGACCUGUCAUCACCUCUAACCGUUUUUGUGAACUCUAUUUGCACAUCUAAUCACCAACGAGUCUAAAAAAGACUCCAAAUGUUACGAUCACAACCAUGCCUUAUUAUUAUUAAUAAUUUUUUUUCCUUGUUUGCCUUAUUUGGAAACUUUGACAUCAUUUUAAGACACGAGGAUUAAAGACUUGGAUUCUCAGAUAAUCAUUUAAUACUAUUUAGAUUUGAUCGUAAAUAAAGCACUGUUGUGGGAAUGAGUUAAUCUUAUUGUAUAUUUAUACUGACCCAAUAAAAAUGAUGAAUAAUU